UAUAUGUUCUCACCAAUAUCUCUAUUGUUCACGGGAGGGUUAGUAUGAAGCUUUCUGAAACCGAACAUUUCCACAUCAACAAACAUUCUCAGCAUCUGUAUUCUGUGUAUAGAUAAAAGCCCCCUCAAAUCUUUACUCCUCACUCAAAGAGAGAGAAAUGAAGUGAAGUAGGUGAGAUUAAGCGAGUGAGAGAAAUCUUUACUCCAUCAUCUCUCCUCCAAAAACACCAUGUUCAAAAACCAACUUCAAGAACUAGCUCAAAGAAGCUGCUUCAACCUGCCGUCAUACGCGUGCGUAAGAGAAGGCCCCGAUCACGCCCCCAGAUUCAAAGCCUCCGUCAACUUUAACGGCGAGCUCUUCGAGGGCCCCACCUACUCCUCCACCCUCCGCCACGCUGAGCACGCCGCCGCCGAGGCCGCCCUCAACUCCCUCUCCGCCCGCGGCCCCUCCAAAUCCCUCACCGCCCGCGUUCUCGAUGAGACCGGAGUUUACAAGAAUUUGCUUCAGGAAACAGCCCACAGAGCCGGUUUAAAGCUGCCAGUUUACACCACGGUCCGGUCGGGGCCCGGACACGUGCCGGUCUUCACCAGCACGGUGGAGAUCGCCGGAAUGAGCUUCUCCGGCGACGCUGCCAAGAGCAAGAAGCAAGCGGAGAAGAAUGCUGCGAUUGCUGCUUGGUCCCAAUUGAAACAAAUGCCUUUGUCGGAACAAGAAAAUGUGGGCGGCGGCGGUUCAAAUUCCGGCAGAGUGAUAAGAAGAAGAGAUAAUCAUCAUCAUCAGCAACAGCAGCAGCAGCAAAGUAGAGCGAGAAUGCAGAGGCCUAGUAUUAUCCAAAGAGACAGCAACAACCUCCUUAAUAAACGGCUGUGGAAGUUUCCGGAAGCUUCUUUAGAGACGGCUCAGAAACACAGCAGCUUUCUCUCUCUUCUCCCUCCGCCGCCGCCGCGGACGGCUUCCAAAAUCCUGCCACCCUACUGGCCGCCCGGUUCCAAAUCCGCAACGCUUGAAGAAUCUCCUCCGCCGCAGUUCUUGGAUGAGGAUCACGAAUGGAUUAACAAGAUUUGCGCCGCCAUCAAAAAAGAGCCCGGCAGCUCGAGUUCGAGUUCGAGUUCGAGUUCGAUUUAUGGAGGGAAAAUUGGAGGAGUCUACGGUCAAUUUGGGGCAGAAAUUGAGAGAAGAACAAACUUUUCAACUCCAUCAACAUGUCAUGAUCUGGAAAUUGGAUUGAUCCCCAAAUUCUCCGGAGCUCAGAGAUUCGCGCCCGCGGUUCAAAUUAGGUCUGUGAUUCCGGUGUGUGCGGCUCCACCGGUCAGGCUGAGAUCUGACCAAUCGUUGCCACUGAAACAAGCAGCUCCAGCUCCUCCGCUGCCGUUGAAACAAGCAACUCCAGCUCCGCCGCCGCCAUCGUCGGAGUUAGUAUUAGCUUCAUCUUUGAGUAAGCUAGAGUUGUGAAAAAAAAAUAUGAUGAAUUUUCAAAUCAAGUGUUGUAAGUUGAAGUGAUUAAGACUUUAAUCCCUCCUCUUUUUCGUGUUAAUCAAGUAGAUCGAGUGGUAUUAGAAAUAUUGAAGUAUCCAAUUUUUGCAA